AAAAAGAAGCUGUCCCAUUCUCGUUUCUCUGUCUUCUCAGUUAUUGCUCUCUUCUUAGUCAACCUUUUCUCAAGAAAAGCAAAAGCUUUCCCAAAGAUAAAUAUUUUUCUUAGCAUACUUCUAUGUUUUGAUCUCCCACAGAACAAAACAUACACUGCUGUUUUUGAACUGUUCAAGUCCUUUCUUGGAGUGUGGUUUAAGUGUUUUAAUUUUUUCUGUUUUCUAAUUUUUGUGAUUUAAAUUAAGAAAAAUGUUUGGGAGGGAGUGUUGCAGCUGGGAUAGUGUAUGUGAUUACUACAAUGUUGAACCACAGCGUUUUGAUUUGCCUUCACCCCUUCCACAAUGGCCUCAAGGUAAAGGAUUUGCUACAGGAAAAAUAUGCCUAGGUGAAAUUGAAGCUGUUCAAAUCACAAAGUUUAAGAAAAUUUGGGGUUGUAGCCCAUUGUUUGGAAAAUCAAAAUCAGUCUCAUUCUAUAAACCAGAUGAAAUUCCACAAGGAUUUUCAAUUCUUGGCCACUACUGUCAGCCAGAUGGUGAGAACAUAACAGGCUGUAUUCUUGCAGUCAAAGAUUUAUCUGAUGAUCAGAAGCAAAAAAUUUCAUUUCGAGAUUCGACUUCCAAGCUUCCUGCUCUUAAAAAGCCAUUGAACUACACUUUAGUGUAUAGCGCGAACUCCCUUUAUAAUGAAACUGGUUACAUUUGGCUUCCUAAUGCACCAGUUGGUUAUAAACCAAUGGGCUUUGUGGCUACUGCUGAACCUAAUGAACCAAAUCUUGAAGAAGUUAAAUGUGUCCGCGCUGAUCUUACAGAAAGUUGUGAGGCUUGUGAAGUUGUUUUUAGUUCAAAUUCUCUUUUUCCAAAGAACCAAUUUCAAGUUUGGAAAACAAGACCCUGCGCGAGGGGCAUGUUGUGUAAAGGGGUUUCGGUUGGGACAUUCUUUUGCAGUACAAGCUUCACUAAAGGAGAUGAACUCAACAUUGCAUGUUUGAAAAAUCUUGAUUCAUCUCUAAAGGCAAUGCCCAAUCUUGAGCAGGUUCAUGCACUUAUUAAGCACUAUGGACCAACUGUUUACUUCCAUCCAGAUGAAAUUUAUUUGCCCUCAUCAGUUCAAUGGUUCUUCAAAAAUGGAGCGCUUCUAUUUAAAGAUCGGAAGGACAAUGGUAUAGCGAUCGACUCUAAAGGCUCAAACUUGCCAGCUGGAGGACAAAAUGAUGGUAAAUAUUGGCUUGAUUUGCCGAAUAAAGAUGUUGAAAAUAGGCACACUGUCAAAUGUGGUAAUAUUGAGACCGCGGAGCUCUAUGUGCAUGUUAAACCGGCUGAAGGAGGAACGUUUACUGAUAUUGCAAUGUGGAUUUUUUGCCCCUUUAAUGGACCGGCCACCCUUAAAAUAAGUUUGUUGAAUCUAGCCAUGAAUAGAGUAGGCGAGCACGUUGGUGAUUGGGAGCAUUACACUCUUCGUAUUAGCAACUUUUCAGGGGAGCUCUGGUGUGUCUAUUUCAGUGAGCAUAGUGGUGGUGAAUGGGUUGAUGCUCGUGACUUGGAGUUCAUCGAUGGGAACAAGCCAAUUGUAUAUGCAUCAAGAAAUGGACACGCGAGUUUCCCACAUCCUGGCUGUUACCUUCAAGGCAUUACAAAGAUUGGUAUCGGAGUGAGGAACGAUUGUGCAAGAAGCAAAUACUAUAUUGACUCGAGCAGUAAAUAUCAAAUUACCGCCGCUGAGUAUCUUGGAGAAGGAAUUGUUGCAGAACCGCCUUGGCUAGAGUACAUGAGGGAAUGGGGUCCAACCAUUGAAUACAAAUCAGGAUAUGAAGUUGACAAGAUAAUCAACCACCUUCCUUCUUUUUUUAGAAUUUCAGUGGAGAGUCUUGUUGAGCUAUUUCCAACUGAACUUUAUGGUGAAGCAGGGCCAACAGGACCAAAGGAAAAGAAUAACUGGUUUGGAGAUGAAAGGUGGUAGGUAAAGGCGAAUCCAGGAUCUAAAAUCAAUAAGUUCAAAACAAGUAUGGUCUUAUCAUAUGAACACAUUUUAAUUUUUGUUGCAUAUGUAUACAUGCUUCGAGCAAAAAACAAUAGGUUCAUUUGAACUCUCGGAUCCACCUCUAGUGGAAGGUCUUUCAGUGGUGGUUUUGGAAUUCUUAGAAUUGCUCAAUGUUGUGCAUGAGUUGAGCAGCUAUUUGUAUUAUGUUCAAUCCCCAGUAUUUCUUGUAUAUGGAGAGGAGGAAGCUAUUAUAAGCAGUACAAAGUUAAGGUUCAAGUGAAGAACCAUUCUUUGUCAGUUAUAUUUAAGUCCAAGCCAGUAUGAUUGACAUUGGUUGAUGAUCAAGUCCAACUGCUUUGCAACUGUAACAGCAGUUAUAAAUGUAUAUGGUUCCUGCAUUAGUUUGUAGGUUGUAUUAUGUGCAAAAACCAAGAGAUUUAGAAGGCAAAGUGGGGGAAAAGCAGGAAGGCUUGAAACUGUGAGAGAAUGUAAAAUUAGACUGUUAUUGCUCUUUGUGUGAAAUUAAAACUCUUGAAACCCUUUAUGUCCAAUAGAUAUUUUCAAGCUUUUACAACUGGUUUGAAUGGUUGUUGCCUA